AUAAGAAUAAAACACGAGGAACCAGAAACCUGGAGAAUAAAACAGGAUCGAGGAGAGUUUAUUGAAGAAAUUGAGGAGAACCAAGAAUUGAGUGAAGAUGAGGAGAAUCAUCAUGUCAGAACUGGAGAAAAUCCUUUGAGUUGCACUCAAACCAAACGGAAAGAUUUAAAGAAAAAAGCCAAGAAAUCUUUCACCUGCACUCAGUGUGGAAACAGUUUUUCAAGAAAAACUUGUUUUGUGCUUCACAUGAGAAUUCAUACUGGAGAGAAACCAUACACAUGUGAUCAGUGCGGGAACAGUUUCGCACAAUCAGGAACCCUUAAGAAACACAUGAACACCCACACUGGAGAGAAACCGCACAAGUGUUCACACUGUGACAAGAGAUUCACUCAGUCUGGAUACUUGAAAGCACAUGAGAGGAUCCACACUGGAGAGAAACCGUACACAUGUGAUCAGUGCGGGAAGAGUUUUGUACGGAAAGCAAUCCUUUUGAAACAUUUGAAAUUUCAUUCAGGAGAUAAACUGUACAUAUGUAUUCAAUGUGGGAAGAGUUUCAUAUACAAAAGAAGUCUUUAUGUUCACAUGAGAGUUCACACUGGUGAGAAACUGUACACUUGUGAGCAGUGCGGGAAGUGUUUCACACAAUCAUCACAACUUAAGAGACACAUGAAGAUCCACACUGAAGAGAAACUGUACUCGUGUGAUCAAUGUGGCAAAACAUUUUUGAGGGCUUCAGAUCUGAAGAAACACCUGACGGUUCAUUCAAAGGAGAAGCCACAUUCAUGUCAUCUGUGUGGAAAGAGCUUUUCACGUUUUUCAUCUUUGAAACAACAUAAAAAAACACACACUGGUGUGAGAGAGUACAUGUGCUUGUGUAAAAAGACUUUUACUACAGCGACCAGUUUAAAACAGCAUGAGAGGAUCCACACUGGAGAGAAACCUUAUAAGUGUUCACACUGUGACAAGAGAUUCAGAGUGUCAUCAAGUCUGAAAACACACGAGAGGAUUCACACUGGAGAGAAACCGUAUCACUGCACUGAAUGUGGGAAGUGUUUCAGUCGUUCAUCUUCUCUACACAGACAUACAAAAAACAAUCAUAGUUAGUAUUCAAGAUUCAGCUGAGAUUCUGAUCAAAUCAAAGAUGGAGUUCCUCCCCAAAUAACCGUCAAAACAUUGCAUUAUUUUGCUUUCUUAUUCUUCUUCACUGUUUUUCUUAAAUGACUAAUUAUUCUUCCACUUAAGAUGUAUUUAGAAAAUGCAGAUGUAAGCUAUACUGUCACGCAACUCCUUCUGUGCUUCUCUUGUAGGAAGGGAUGGGUACCAGAACAUGGUAUAGAUCAUAAUUGUGAGAAUAGUAAUACUCUUAAAAUCUUAACUAUACCCAGGGCUC